AUGUCGAGGCUGUCAGCGAUAUUGACUCUGGUGUUGGCAAGUCUUGCCUCCUCCUCUGUUUCACAGACGACACGCACACCGAGAGUUAUAGCACUGUUUGGUGUUAGGUACAUUGCUGCCGCUCCUACCAACAGCAAGUACCUACUGACUGUCAUUCAACAGUCUCUCCUCCUCCUCCGUUUCACAGACAACACGCACACCGAGAGUUAUAUAGCACUGUUUGGUGUUAGACGACACGCACACCGAGAGUUAUAUAGCACUGUUUGGUGUCAGUCUCUCCUCCUCCUCUGUUUUGCAGAUGACACGCCAGAUGACACGCACACUGAGAGUUAUAUAGCAUUGUUCGGUGUUAGUCUCGCCUCCUCCUCCGUUUCGCAGACAACACGUACACUGAGAGUUAUGACACUGUUCGGUGUUAGUCUCGCCUCCUCCUCCGUUUCGCAGACGACAUGUACACUGAGAGUUAUGGCACUGUUCGGUGUUAGGGCUUGCCUCGUCGCUAAACCUUCCGCCCUGCUAUACGGAACUGUUUCCACAGCCUUCCCUCCUCCCUCAUCGCCGUCUCACAUGUUCAGGCCGUCGGCCUUCUCGCAAAAUUGUACUCUAAGGCAAGAUGGUCUUGCAAUAUCAUACUGGCGAACAACUUGGAUUGAAUGGGAACAGCAGCGAAGUGAGAAGGAGUUUGUAGCAAUAUAUGUAUUCAAAGUGUUUGCAAUAUCAUACUGGUGAACUACUUGGAUUGAUGAUCAA